AACCAAAACGUUUUGCUUAUAUAGCCGGCCACGCGACUUCGCCGCCAUUAGUGCAGUUAUAGCCGUUGUUGCGCAUUCAGCUCUUAUAGUGAAGUGGUUUGAGUAGUCGGAGAAAGGCAUGGAGAACUUAUUCUCUUUCGUAUUCAUUACGGACUUCCCCACGUCUGGGUUACGGGAAGAAGCAUCAAGAGUGGAUAUAGUGGGCCGUUUGCCUCCAGAGAUUGCGUCCCAGAUCUUAAGACUGCUGGAGGGGCCGUCGCUGGUGGCUGCGGCGGGCGUGAGCCGGCUCUGGUUGGCGCGCUGCCGCGCAGACCCCGAGCUUCGCCUGCGGGUGCGUCGUCAGCUGUUCUACGAGGGCCGCGGGGCGCUGCUGGGCCUGCAGGGGGCGGUUCGCUCCGUCCCCGACCGCCACCCCGACCGCGCCCACGCCUUCGCCCGCGUCAACGCCCACGCGCGCCGGCUGCACGCGGCAGCUGACCCGGACCCAGUGAGAUCGAUGGAGGAGGAUCGGUUUUUCGCGCAGUGUGGACCUCCCCGUUCCUCGGCGCGCCUUCCUGGAAGUGUAGAUGUUGCGGAAGAAUUUGUAGGUCAGGUGCUUGAAGGCUCUGUUGACCAGUUAGAAGAGACACUUGGCCUUGGCGCGAAUUGA